UCCCAGCACCCAGGCCAUGAAGGAGGAGGCCUUCCUCAGGCGCCGCUUCUCCCUGUGUCCGCCUUCCUCCACGCCCCAGAAAGUCAACCCCCGGAAGCUCACGCGGAACCUGCUCUUCAAUGGGGAGAAUGAGCUCUGCCCCCUCAGCCCAGGGAAGGACAUGGAGCCUAAUGGCCAGCUGCUGCCAAGGGAUGAAGGGCCUCCGACCCCCGGCUCUGCCACCAAGGGGCCCCCGACAGAGUACAGGCUAUACAAUGGGUCCGACAAGGAAUGUGUGUCCCCAACAGCCAAGGUCACCAAAAAGGAAGCUCUCAAGGCACAGAAGGAAAACUAUCGGCAGGAGAAGAAACGGGCCACGAAGCAGCUGUUCAGCGCCCUGACGGACCCCAGCGUGGUCAUCAUGGCCGACAGCCUGAAGAUCCGGGGGACGCUGAAGAGCUGGACCAAACUGUGGUGCGUGCUGAAGCCGGGCGUGCUGCUCAUCUACAAGACGCCCAAGGUGGGCCAGUGGGUGGGCACGGUGCUGCUGCACUGCUGCCAGCUCCUCGAGCGGCCCUCCAAGAAGGACGGCUUCUGCUUCAAGCUCUUCCACCCGCUGGACCAGUCCGUCUGGGCCGUGAAGGGCCCCAAAGGCGAGACCGUGGGCUCCAUCACACAGCCGCUCCCCAGCAGCUACCUGAUCUUCAGGGCCGCCUCCGAGUCGGACGGCCGCUGCUGGCUGGACGCCCUGGAGCUGGCUCUCCGCUGCUCCAGCCUCCUGCGGCUCGGCACGUGCAAGCAGGGCCGGGAUGGGGAGCCCGGGUCCUCGCCAGACGCAUCGCCCCCCUCACUCGGCGGCCUGCCCCCCUCGGCCACCAUCCACGACCGCGACCUGUGCACGCUGAACGGCUCCUCCCUGGAGAACGACGCCUUCUCAGACAAGUCGGAGAGGGAGAACGCAGAGGAGUCGGACGCUGAGGCCCAGGACCACAGCGGAAAGACAGAGAGCGGCAGCACCCAGUCGGAGACCCUGGAGGGCCUGGUGCCCAGGGGGACCACGUACGUGGAGCAAGCCCACGAGGAGUUCGGGGAGCGGGGCCAGGCCUCCCAGGUGGAGACGGUGUCCGAGGAGAACAGGAGCCUGGUGUGGCUGCUGCUGCGGCAGCUGCGGCCGGGCAUGGACCUGUCCCGUGUGGCGCUGCCCACGUUCGUCCUGGAGCCGCGCUCCUUCCUCGACAAGCUCUCCGACCACUACUACCACGCCAACCUGCUGUCCAGCGCUGCCCUGGAGGAGGACGCCUACACUCGCAUGAAGCUCGUGCUCAGAUGGUACUUGUCUGGCUUCUACAAGAAACCCAAGGGCAUCCGGAAGCCCUACAACCCCAUCCUGGGGGAGACCUUCCGCUGCCGCUGGCUCCAUCCCCGCACCGGCAGCCACACCUUCUACAUCGCGGAGCAGGUGUCCCACCACCCACCCGUGUCCGCCUUCCACGUGAGCAACAGGAGGGACGGCUUCUGCAUCAGCGGCAGCGUCACAGCCAAGUCCCGCUUUUACGGGAACUCCCUGUCGGCUCUCCUGGACGGCCAGGCCACGCUCAGCUUCCUGAACCGGGCCGAGGAUUACACCCUCACCAUGCCCUACGCCCACUGCAAAGGAAUCCUCUAUGGCACCAUGACCAUGGAGCUGGGUGGCCGAGUGACCAUCACGUGUGAGAAGAACAACUUCCAAGCUGAGCUGGAAUUCAAGCUCAAGCCCUUGUUUGGGGGCAGCACCAGCAUCAACCAGAUCUCAGGGAAGAUCAUGGCAGGAGAAGAGGUUCUGGCGCAUCUCAGCGGACACUGGGACAGAGAAGUGUUUAUCAAGGAGGAGGGCAGAAGCACUGAGCUCUUCUGGAACCCGAGUGGGGAGGUCCGAGGGCAGAGGCUGAAGCGGCACACGGUGCUGUUUGAGGAGCAGACAGAGCUGGAGUCAGAGAGACUCUGGCAGCAUGUCACCAGGGCCAUCGGCGAGGGUGACCAGCACAAGGCCACACAGGAGAAGUUUUCACUGGAGGAGGCACAGCGGCAGCGGACUCGCGAGCGCCAGCAGAACCUGACCCCCUGGAUACCGCGGCUGUUCCACCUGGACCCCGCCACCCGGGAGUGGCGCUACCUGCAUGAGGACCGCAGCCCCUGGGAUCCCCUGAAGGACGUCGCCCAGUUUGAGCAAGACGGGGUCCUGCACACCGUGCAGCGGGAGACCCUGGCCCACCGGACCACCUGCCUGGGCAGCCCGGGGCCCAGGCACCAGGGACCCGGCCCACACCGGCGGCUGCGCAAGGCCAGCGACCAGCCAUCGGGCCACAGCCAGGUCACCGAGAGCAGCUCCACGCCUGAGUCCUGCCCAGAGCUCUCUGACGAGGAGGAGGAGGAGGAGGAGGAGGAGGAGGAGGAGGAGGGUGACUUCCUCCCUGGCAGCGAGAGCCCGUGCCCUCGGUGUGGGAAGGAGGCGCGGCGGCUGCAGGCGCUGCACGAGGCCGUCCUGUCCAUCCGCGAGGCCCAGCGGGAGCUGCACAGGCACCUCUCGGCCAUGCUGAACUCCACAGCCAGGGCCAGGCAGGCGGCGGCCCCGGGCCUCCUGCAGAGCCCCCGCUCCUGGUUCCUGCUCUGCGUGUCCCUGGCCUGUCAGCUGCUCAUUAACUACGUCCUCAAAUAAGAGCCCCCAUGGGGCAGCAUGGGCAUCGCCCGCGGAGCUGGGCCGGCCCCAGCCCUCCCUCCCAGGCACCUAGCACUUUAAGCCAGCCGGGGGGAGGCAGACAGACCCAGCCAGCGAGGCCACUGUGGCCGGAUAGGCCCGUGGCAGCAGGAGGGCCGCAGGAAGGCCCCGGGGGGCCACCCAGGCUCCUCCAGGGGAGGUGCUGACCUUUCCCGCGGGCCCUCACCCAGGGCCGGCCCUAACGCUACAGCCAAAUGCAGCUUCCGCGCCCCAGCUCACCUGGCCUGCUCGUCCCCGUCCAGCGUGUGCUCGCCCGGAGAGUGACGGAGGCAGCGGCCAGGGGGCCCGCCCAGGCUUUGCACAGUCACUCCCCAGCAGGGGUGACUAGGGAGCUGGUGCAGAGCCGCCGGAACCCCCAAGGGUCCUGGGGCCUCCUUGGUCCUGCCACACAGGCCCUUCCUUCCUGAGACCCCGCCUGCAUUGCAACGAGGGGCACAGAGGGGCGUCCAGUGGACUCUAGGACUGGCCAGAGCCACUCUGGAGAGAACGAUUGGAUUUUAUUCUGCUCUUGUUCUGUUUGGACGGGACCCCACUAUACAUGCCAGUGGAACCCCCCCCCACCUCCCACAGCCUGGACGAGCCAAGGGGGGCACGCCUGAGCGGGUGUGGCGCACCGGGGCGGCCUCGCCAGACCCACAUCUCCCAGAUCGGGGAAGCCCAAGUUCGCCACUUUGCUCCGACUGAUGCACGGUCUUCCUGUUUUACACUUUUUUAAUAAACGCAAUAUUUUAGGCAGGCUGCAAA